AAUCUAAGUAGUCUGUGGUGAUAAAUAAAUAUUAUGGAAGUGAUAAUAUUGUAUACUAAAAAAAUAAAUAAACAAUGCAUAUAGAUCAAGGAGGAAAAUAGUUCGUAAAAUUUCAAGUUAAAAUAUACAUUUGAAAGGUUUUGGAGCAAGACCGUAUUACGCGUGUUGUGAGUUUGUGUUAAAUGCACAUAUAAAUAUUGCUUCUAAAAUGUCUCAAGAAGAUCUUCCUGGUAUGGAAGCUCAGGAAUCUCUGCUGUAUUCAGCGAGACACGGAGAGCUAUCGGUUGUGAAAGCCUUAUUACAAGCAUCAUCGGACGGAAAGCUAACUUUAAAUAUCAAUUGCAAAGGUAAAAGUAAGAGUAACUUGGGAUGGACACCACUACACCUAGCAACAUAUUUUGGACAUGUAGAUGUUGUAGAAGCUUUAUUGGAAGCUGGAGCCAAUGUGGAUGAAGUCAAUGAAACUGGUGAUACUCCACUGCAUAAGGCAUCCUUUAUUGGAAAUGAGGAGCUGGUGAUUCUCCUACUCAAGCACAAAGCUGAUGUGAAUAUUAUGAAUGGAGAGGGCAGAACUGCUUGUGAUGUGUGCAAGACAAGAGAUGUGCAGAGAUUGCUCGAGGCAGCACAGAGGGUGGAAAGGCAAGAGAGGGAAAGGAGAUUACUCACAGCUGCAAAAGAAGGCAAGAUUGAUGAUAUACAAGAAUUGCUGAGCAGUCCAUAUCCCCCGAAUAUCAACUGUGCGGAUGCUCAAGGGAAUACAUGUCUCCACUGCGCGGCAUACAGAGGUCACGCGAGGCUCGCAGUUCUCCUGCUACAGAACGGCGUUGAUACAACGCUCAGAAAUAAUAGUGGUCAACUGGCCAUAGAUCUGGCCAAAGAUAAUGACAUGCGGGAAGUGUUGAGCGUGAGGCCAGUGCAGCGGUUGAAGAGAACAGCGACCAGGUUCGAAGGGCCACUGCUGAAGAAGUCCAGGUUCUUGGGCUGGAGACCAGUAUGGGCGGUGCUGCAGCGCGGCGUACUGCUGUACUACGCGUCGCGAGCGGAGGCGGCGCGUGCGGACGGGCGGUGGCGCGCGCGCUGCUACCUCGACGGGGCCACGCUGCACGCGCCCGCAGCUGAGCGCGCGCUGCUACUGCUGCGGCUCAGCGACGGAGACACGCACCGCCUCGCGCUGCCCGCGUCCCCCGCGCCCGCCGCCGCCCGCCAGUCGUGGAUAACGGCAUUCAACGAGCAUAUAGAAUACUCGGGACAUUAUCUGUGGGCGGGGGCAUCGCCUGACACUGCGAGAGAAGCCACCGAAGACCUCGAAGAUGAAUGCAAGCCUUUAGGAUCAAUGCAAGAUGCUUUAACAGCGGCUACAAAUAGCUUAGCAUUAUUGGACACACAGUUACGCGAGUGCUCCGCCAUUGUCGCCGCUCUGGACAAGAGUGUUAAUGUUGGCAAUUCUCUGCACCACUCCGCGUACAUGCGGUUCCAGCACGCGUGCGGGUCGGGCGCGGAAGCACUGUCAGCACUGAGGCACUGCGCCGCGCUCGUGGCGCAGGCACGCGACGCUGACUCUGCCAGACUCAGCAGAGAGAUUGAACGCAACCGCGUGUUGGAAGAAGCCCUGGCAGCGCUCGCUCGAACGCACCAUGCCCUCGAGAUGUCCGUCGCCGAGGAGCUCACUAAGAGUAAAAGAAAAAAGAAGGCGACGUCCUCCCAAAAUGAUUCGAAAGAAAAUUUCUUUGAUGUAUUUAGCGAGUCAGGGGACGAGUGCGAUGGGGAGGACGAAGACGACACGCUGGUGACGGCGGGGCUGUCGAGUCCGCUGGGCGCGCUCAGUCCGUGGGGCAGCAGUCCAGACCUCGCCCGCCUCACGCCCAUCGGCAGCCUCGACGGAGAUAAGACGCCGACAAACGAAGAGCAGGAGUUCUGCCGACGAAGAUCAGGCUCCACCGGCUCCCCCCAAUCCCUGCACACCGCCAUCAGUCCGGCCAGCUCCCGCGGCACGCUGGUCUCACAAGGUGGCCACGUGUAUAGAAACGCCAGACCCUACAGGAAGACUACUAAACUCAGUUCGAAUUGGUCUGACGAUAGCUCGGCUAGUUAUUAGUUACACAGUUAUGCAUAAUAAUUAUUGUACAGAUGUAUACGAAUAUACAAUAUUUAUUAAUUUUAAACAUUUGUCUACGUAUAUUUAGAGUUCUAAUUUGUUUGGAUUUUCUACUUUGAUAGAAAAAAUGUGUGCAGAGUCCAUAAGAUUUUUUAUUUUAUUUUUUACUAAUGCGUGUGAUUUUUUUUUACAAAUUUUGUAAUUUAAGGACUUUAUAUUUUUUUUUUAUAAUAAAUAGUAAUCUUUAUUUAAUUACAAAUAUAAUAUAAAAGCAAGUAUUAAUCUAUUAAUAAAUACAUCAAAGACGUGAAUGUCGAAAAACUUUGAACAUUCCUUAAAAAAGUACAAUGGUAUGCAUUUUUAAAGGACGUACAAAUUUAUGUUCAAAUUUUAUAUUAUUGUAAGGCUGUAAUGACAAAACAUGUUGCUUUAAUUUUUUUUUAGUUAUAUGCUCUACUGAUUUUUUUAUUAUUAAUCUUUACUUCAACCAUUCAGUAUAUUCUAUUGACUGCAAAUAUAUAAUCUACU